GUGUAGAGUUUGUGUGUAGUCGAGUCGUUCAAUUCCACACUGGAAAGACGUGUUCGUGAAGUACCUGCUUCUUUGUUUGUUUUCCCGAGGGCCCACAUUGACCAAGUUCACUAAUCUGAUCAUCUAUCAGCUUGAACAAGAAUAUGACGACUUUCCGGAUCGUACUGAUUAGUAGCAUCAUUUUGUGGUCAGCAGAGUUUCUGCCGGUAUCGACGGAUAGGCCAUGCCAGGGAAUCGCCCAUCUUGGUGGAAAAUACAACAUCUCCGCAGAGAUAUCGUAUGAAAAGUACGUUUGGAGAAGCCCAAGAGGACAGAAUGUCGUCACAUGCAAUCCAUCAUGCAGUCCUACAGCUGGUUAUCCUGCAACCCUGACAAAUGGUGGGAACACAUCAACGCUCAUGAUAGAAGAAGUUAAACUUAAAGAUGUGGGAACGUGGAGCAUUACUAAUACCACUGACCUCGCAACUAUGUCUGCAUGUUAUUUAGAUGUCGCAGGACUUCCAAGCUGCAUCAUCACCAGCUCUCAAGCCCCUCAUUCCCUUGAACCAAAUUCGAUGCUGACCCUCGCCGUAGUCAUACGGGGUUACUACUGCUCUAAACAGGCACAGUUUGAUCUUACCACUGGCCGUGAGGUCCCAAAUGUGUUGUUGAAGAACGACACCGUUGACGAUGUCACUGACCGCAUCCUCAACACCACCUUCAACGUGACACUGGAGAGGCUUGGAAAUAUCAAACUUGACUUUACUUGUGCUAACACAACUUAUAAUCUUACUUGUGGAGGGGUGAAUACACUACUUAAGAGCCUUCCUCAGUGUGACAUAAGCAGCUCUGGGAAUGGAUCUCUGAUGCCUGGUACAAGCCUGACUCUCACUGUGAACAUCACCAACUACUACUGCACUGAAGAGGCUGCGUUCGAUCUCAGCACCGGUAGCGUCAAGGAGGAGCUGGUAGGGAGUCAUCAUGUUGUGGACAUCAACAGCACGGUCGUCAUGAAAACAUUCAAUGUCACAUCUGCGCAUAAUGGAAACAUCAAAGUCAGCUUCAGCUGUGACGACAUAAAUCGUGAACUAAGUUGCACUGGUGAUGACACAAUAACUAUAGUUGGAGUGACAUCAACUGCAAAACCACCAAUAUCGACGCCUACGUUGAAAGCCUCCACCACCUCCUCCAACUCCAUCCCCACUUCCACCAAUAAAUCUCCAACACCAGCAUCUGUACCUGUUUACCUUAUCAUAGGUAUAGUGGCUGCAUUGCUCGUGGUGCAAUCUCAUCAUCUUUGUCCUGGUUGUCUGUCGCAAUAGAAUCUCAAGCGUUGCACGGAGGUAGAUCGUUUCAAGGAAGAGGCCUCAAAUUCAGAACUUGAGGGAAAAUGAGAAGUCGAAGAAUGGGAUCAACUGCUGGGCGCCGUUUGACAAUGGCCACGUCAUGUUUGUUUGUAAACACGGAAAGUUGUCCUUAUCUGACCUUUCCUAUUUGCAUCUUUAUCCGUAUAUGACCGCAACUGAUACCGUCUUCUUCCUUUUUCAUUAUCCUAGAAACCUAGCCAUUAUAUAAUAAAUUUAGAUAUUCUAAUUCUGA